UCCAUCGCCAUUUUAUCUUGAAGCAGCGACACGAAUCGCAAUGGGAGGAUCACAGAGUGUAUUUACCGAGGAAGAACUCGAUGAUUAUCAGGAGCUGACAUACUUCACAAAAAAGGAAAUCUUACAUGUGUACAAGCGCUUUAGAGAAUUGAACCCAGAGAAGGUAUCGGAGGUUAACAAAAAUGUACAACUGGAUAAUGAAACCAUCUUGGAGCUCCCAGAACUGAAGGUGAAUCCUUUCAAAGACCAGAUCACUAAAGUAUUCUCGUCUGAAGGGAAUGGAGACAUGACAUUUGAGGAUUUCCUAGACAUGAUGUCUGUCUUCAGUGAUAAUGCACCGAAGAAUGUUAAAGUUGAAUAUGCGUUCAGGAUCUAUGAUUUUGAUGGAGAUGAUAUGUUGUCGAGCCGAGACCUAAAGGAGGUAGUUGACCGCCUGACAGGAGAAGGUCAGAAACUGGGCGAUGAGGAGAUGCAGCAACUCAUAGAUAAUAUAUUUGAAGAGGCUGAUCUAGACGACGAUGAUUCACUUUCUUUUGCCGAGUUUGAACAUGUCAUUUCCAAGGCUCCUGACUUUGUAAACUCUUUCAGGAUUCGACUAUAAAGGACAAUGGACAGAUACAAGGGACCAGCCAAUAGACUUUGGCCGACAAAUGUGACAGUGAAUUUGGCCUGAACUGCUGACGACUACAAUAUUGGACACUGAUAUAACAUUGUGAUAUAGAUCUGUGGUGUAGCGGACACUCAUUAUGAUCAACGCGCAUGAUUUGUUUUUUUACUCUCUUUUCAUUUCAUUUCAUUUCAACAAAUUUUAUUCAAUGACGAUACAUGAAUGGGAUUGAACAACAGGCUAGGCAGGCCUAUAGCAGUUCUCUCCUGAUUGUCUCAUUUAUCCCAGUAUAUUUCUCACAUUUCCUACUGAACUCCUUGUGAACCUGGUCUGUGUCCUCAAGUCCCUUGACCUUGAUAAGGCCAUCAGGACUAAAGUUAUUGUCAAAUUUAUGGGCUUCUUUAAAACGAGAAAUUUGCUGGUGUUAUUUUUACAUUUUCCGCUAUUAAACAUAUUGGUGAAUUCAACUUGCAGACACACAACUUUCAACUAAAGAGUUCAAAUAUAUGAAAGCAUUAAUUGAACUAAAUGUUUGAGUUUAAAUGGUGUGAAACCUAUGCAAAAAGAGCCAUGUUUCAAUUGAUGUUUGGAUGGUCCCAGAUAUAAAUAAUAUGCAUAAUAUUUCUUUUGUUAUUAGUCCCGAAUUGUGUUUGUAAACAUUUGUAUUAUAUCAGGAAAGCAAUACGUUAUAGAUGAUUCCCAUUUUGUAAUAAGAAGAAAUCUCUGUGAGUUAUGACAUCAAAAUGCAACAUCAGUAUGACACCACUUCCAUUGCUGUUUAUUAUAGGGGGUAGCUAAGACCACUAAGACAAACACACAUUCCAUGUAAUUAGUCAUUUCCAUAUCAGCUAUAUCUUUCUCUCCAUUUUGGUUUUGUAUUUUGUUGACUUUUUUUAUACCACUUGUAAAUGAUGGUUAAAAUGUAUUUUUGCAAUAUAUGUAACCAGUUUUGUGUACCCUUAGUAAAUAACAUAUUUGUUACUAUUCUGGUAGUUUAAUCACUUGUAAUUGUAUUUUGUGUGUAUAUUCAUUCAUAUCUAAAGCAGGUUGUGCCUUUCAAUACAUUAUAUAUCUUUAUACGUAAAACACAUUUAUUCUUGAAAACAGUUGAUACAUAUUUCAAUUACUCUCAUCAGCCACUUUCUAUUUCAGUCAUUGAUCAUGUCAAAAUCGUCACUGCUUUACCCUACCACAUUCAUGUAAACUAAAAGUAUGAUUAUAACUUAACCCUUUCAUCCGUAUGUAAUUUUAAUAAACUCUACCCUGCAUUGAAUUGGAUAAGUCCAUUAUGGUCUACAGUGGUGAAAGGGUAAAUGAGUUCCAACAAACUGUAUGUGGUAUGUGAAACAAAGAUACUGAAAGGAUUCACCUGAAAGAAUGUAUAAUAAUGGCCAAAAUUUAUGUAAAUAAGGCUUUACUUAAUACUGUUUGAUAACACAUCUCAGAAUGCCAGGACUUUACAUACCAACUUUAGAUCUGCUAAUUCAGAAUUUUUAUGUCAAUUUAUAUUUAUUAGGGAGAUGAAGCAAAAAACCCCAGAGUAUUGUGUAUCAGAACACUUGAAAGCAUCCACACUGAUAUCUGUAUCUAGUAUUCACGAGGCAUUAGAAUACUGUUGAACUUGCACAUUGCACAUAGAUCGGAAUAUACUGACUAGCGUUGAAACAAACAAUAGUAUCCAUGUUGGUUGUUGGUUUCAUUACAGAAAUGGUAAUUAUUCAUAUGCAAUAACUUAUUGUGACAUAGACAAUCUUACACGAGAUUGAUGAUGAGGCAACUUUGAGAUCACAUUGUUGGAGCGUCAUUGCAAUCGUUUUACUCCGUAAUCUACAAAAAAAGCUGCAUUGCAUUGACAAUGAAUUGUGAAUUGAAAUUUUUAUUUUCAAAAUAUUGCAAAGCAUUAUACCCGAGAUAGCUGCUCAUCUACAUGGUACUUCUAUGCACAAAUGGUCAAAGCUGCUGGUAAUUCUAAAGACACAAAUUGUUUCAAUUUAUUCAGAGAUUUUAUAUUGUACAUAAUUAUUUUAUUUUGUUAUCCUAAGAAAUCAUGUAUGUUAUUGUUAAAACCAACAUUUGUUCUCAAAUUCAUGCAAAUUUGGAAGAUUGCUGGUUGAUUUUCCAAUUUUCAAAUAAAUACUUUAUUCUGUGUUUCAC